UAUAUGUACACAAACAAGCGAGCUCGCGCCGAGCUCUCAUUUACAGGUUAGAACUUGAUGAGCCUUAUGCAGCAUAUGCUCCUGCACAAGAGAUCAGACUGAGAAGGUUAAUUCCUCGAGCAAAGAGAAGUUGAAAAGAGUCAUGAGCGUCGAAAACUCGGAGAAUUCUUCAGAGUACAGAGAGACGUCGUCGCGUGACAGCGACUACGAGGAUGGCAGCGAGGAAGCCGAGCAUGAUUACAGCUUUCGGAAUAGUGGAGGCUUUGCGGAACUUUAUUACGAAUUACGAGAUGACGAGAGCGAUGAAAAAGCGAGCGCGGAAGAAGCGGAGGAUCCAACAGACGAUGCUCCAAGCCCAAAGGACGCUUUUACCCGUGCGGAGGUCGAUCGCGAAAACGAAGAGGACCCGACAACGGAGACGCAACAGCGAGCUCGCGGGAACAGUCGCCGCAAGACGAUCUACGAGCUCGACUCUUACUCUACGCUGACGCCGAGCUCCAGAGACGCCGAAAUUAGAGAAGAGGACGUCGGGACCGCGCCGCUGGCGCGCUUUUCCAAAUCGCUAGGCAUCCCGGGCGUGGCGCGCGUCAACCUGUCGGCCCUGAGCCAGAAGAUCCUGGACUGCGUGGUGGACGAGAAUGUGACGACCGAGUACCCCUGGAUCUACGUACGCAAAGAGAUCGUCGAGGACAACAUCGACCUGCACUCGGAGAGCAGCGACUUCCUGGCCAUCAAGGACGAGCUGCAGCAGUACCCGGACUCGCGGCUGCUGCUCGGCUACGCGCCGACUGCCGAGAACAGCCAGACUGGCGAGGCUGAAUUCUACGUCUGCCUGACCGAGGAGAGCCGCGACGCCGUGGCCAGACGCAUCGAGGCGCUCAGGCACGAGCAACAGCAGCGAGUGCGCAGCGCGGUGCUCAAGGAGCCGAGGCCCUGGCACGAUCACGGAAGCGCCGCUGCUGUGGAUCAGCUAUCGCUCAAGAGGUCCAGGCCGCUGCUCGAGGUCGAGGUCGAGUCUACGCUCGAUAAGCCGAAGGCCCCAUCGAUCUUAACCGACAGAGGCUGUGACGAUCAGCGGGACGGAUACGUCGAGAUACUGCCCGGCCGCGAGGACUUCGACAACGUGACGAGGUUUUUCGUGGACAAGGCUUGCGCAGCGGCUCCCACGACCGCUGAGGACAGCGCUCAGACCGAGAUAUCGAUGCGAGUGAAUGCCUGGUGCCAGAGCUCGCCGGACCGCGGAGUAGAACCCAUGGCCGCCGGGAGCGCUUCCAGCCGAGCCAAGAAACUGCAGAGCUUCAUCCAGAGCCGAGCCGAGCAAGUCUUCAAGGAGACAGAGGCGAACGCCACCUGGGACGUGUACGCCAACGACUACGCGAAGCUCGCUGAGGCAGCGGCGAGCGCGAUGAGCGAGUCGAUCGACGAGCUGCACUACAAGGAGCAGCAGAGCUACUACGAGGGCAAAUUGUGCGGGGGCAAGGUUAUCAACGAUCUGGCCUGGCAUCCCCAGUGGACGGGACUAUUCGCGGCUGCCUACACCGCAGCGAGCAAGAGCGAGAAUCUCGUCGGCCCCAAGCCCCCCGACCCGGACGGAGUCAGGCCGAGCCACAUCCUCGUCUGGUCCUUCGACGACUGCCUCCGACCGAAGCUCCUGCUCGAGUCCGAGAGCCAGGUGACGUCCGUCUCGUUCUGCCCACGCGACGGUAGCGUCCUCGUCGGCGGCUGCGCGAACGGACAGAUCGUCGUCUGGGACAUAACGGGCAGAAUCGAGGAGCUCGAGAGGGUCGUUGUGCAGACGGCGGCCGAGGCCAAGUACGCGAGCGUCGUGAGGAGUCUCGGGACGUGGAUGCGGGAGACGCUCGACCCCGCGCUCGUUCGACCGACGGCGAGCUCCUCGCUGCAGCACGGCCAGAAGGGCGCGAUCACGAAAAUCGAAUGGCUCUCGGCGUACAGCAAACUCGACGACAGGGGCAGGCUGCACGAACUGCCGGCCGACACGGCGGAGGCAGAUCUGAGUCUCCAGUUUGUCGCCUCGAGUGAAGACGGCAGUAUCGCCUUCUGGGAUCUCAGUUGGCGACCACCCGCGGAGAAGAAAGGCGAGUCGCGCUCUCGCAAGAGGAAAACUGUGGAAAAGCCGCAGAGUCUCGUCCAGUCGAUAUCGCCCUACAAGAUACUCGACGGCGCUUUCAAGCCCCUGUAUAUCCUGAUAGUGCAGCAAGCGAACCAGACCCGCAACGCCGUUGUGACGACGAUGAGUUUAGGUCGAGCAGAUCUGAGCAAAGUGCAGCUGGAGCCCCGGCCACGUGAUGACGAUCCUGUGACUAAGAGGAGGCACUUUAAAGUAUCGCUCGAGAAAGGGGAGGAGGAGUACAGGCUUGUGAUUUCAGACAGGAUUUUCGUCGGCACCGCCGCUGGAGAAUGCGGUCUCGUUUCCUGGGAGGGCUAUGACUUUUCCACCGGCAUAAGUUUGAACAAAGAGAUCUGCAAGUGGACUUGGAGGAAGCAACUGCACGACGGGCCAGUUAGCCACGCGGUCAGAUCCCGACAUUUGAAGGACGUCCUGCUGACCGUCGGUGGCCGGAUUUUCGCAGUCUGGCGCGAGGACGCGGAGGAUCCGAUAAUUUGGAGAAAAUCCGAAUUCAGGUACACGGCCGGCUGCUGGGAUGGCAGUAAACCGACUGUAAUCAUUCUCGGCCGCAAUGACGGCACCGUCGAGAUCUGGGACGUUUUUAACAAAAGCCACGAGCCGAAUAUCACUCAAAGCCUCUCCGGACGAAUAAUCACGGGAAUUUAUGCGCACGAGCUGCCGCUCAAUCCUCCCUGCGUCGGCUUUUGCGAUUACAAUGGAGCGUUCAGGACUUUUCUCGCUACCAAAGUUUUAUCCGCAUCCAGCGGCGACAGUGACGUUAAAUGGAUGCGCCAAUUUGUUGACCGAGAAGUUAACAGGAUCAAGGAUUUCAACACGUGGCAGAAAAACUGGAACGAAGCGAAUGUCGGCGAAUACUCUGGGGAAAAAGCGAGUGAGCCCGAGCGCGAAAACGCUCAUAAGCAGCCCGAAGCCGAUAGCCAAGCCAAGCUCGAGGCAGCAAAGAGCUCCAAGGUGAAGAGGCGCAAGCAGCUGAUCGAGGAGAUGCAGGCUCGCUGGGUGAGGCGCGAGGUCGAGCGCAUGCAGACGGCCGUCCUCGAGAAGAAGGGUCUGCGGGGCGAGGAGUUGGAGCGCCGGCGCGAACCCGUGCUGAAGAUGAAACAGGAGGCGCGCGACAAAGAGGCCCGUCGCCAGGCCGUAAUUGGCAGGGCUGCGGAGCUCUUCGAGGACGCGCUGCUCUCUAAUUUUCCCCCGCAGCAGGGUAAAAGAUUGCUGACCGUCGCCGCUGCCGCUGUUUCAAAGACUACCAAGAAGCCGUCAGCCACCGGGAAUUUGAUUUCGCUGCACACGCCUGACACCGGAGAUCAUGUUAGCGGAACGGCGCAUGAGAAAGUCAUUGGCGAGUACGAGCAAAUCGAGGCCGAGGCAUUAUCGAGGAUGCGCCGAAGAUCGGGCGAGCUGGACUUCAGCUGGCGCAAGCUCAUAAACGAGGGUCUCCUACGACGAAGAUCGAUGGACGUUAAUCUGAAGAUGCAUAAAAUAAAAGUGAACGACGACGACGACGAGAAAGACAGCAUCCUGAGCAUUCUCGAAAGUUUCGAGGAUCCCUGACGAGAAUCUCGUCGAUAAAAAGCCGCCGAGCUUGCCAGUAGGCGAGCCUCCGCCGAUUCGAAUAAUAAAGAGACGAGCGAGCGAGUGGGAAAGGAGGCCGUGUACAAAAUCGCA